GGGGUUCCUAUAAAAGCGAAAACCGUUCGACGCACCGCAUUUCAGAUUGACCACAGCGUGAAGAACGUUUGUGUUUUCUAAUAGUUCAAGUAAUUUUUAUAACACACAACAAAAAUGAGGGAAAUUGUACACAUCCAAGCCGGACAAUGCGGAAACCAGAUUGGAGCCAAAUUCUGGGAAAUCAUCUCCGACGAACACGGUAUCGACCCCACCGGAGCAUACCACGGAGACUCCGAUCUUCAAUUAGAAAGAAUCAACGUAUACUACAAUGAAGCCUCCGGUGGCAAAUACGUGCCAAGAGCUAUCUUGGUCGAUUUGGAACCCGGUACCAUGGACUCUGUCCGUUCCGGACCUUUCGGACAAAUUUUCCGCCCAGACAACUUUGUCUUUGGACAAUCCGGCGCCGGUAACAACUGGGCCAAAGGUCACUACACAGAAGGAGCUGAAUUAGUCGACUCAGUAUUAGAUGUUGUAAGGAAAGAAGCCGAGUCUUGCGAUUGCUUGCAAGGAUUCCAACUUACACACUCCCUUGGAGGUGGUACCGGUUCUGGUAUGGGAACCCUGCUCAUCUCCAAAAUCAGAGAAGAAUACCCCGACAGAAUCAUGAACACAUACUCAGUUGUCCCCUCACCCAAAGUAUCAGACACCGUAGUCGAACCUUACAACGCCACCCUCUCCGUACAUCAACUUGUAGAAAACACAGAUGAAACCUACUGUAUCGAUAAUGAAGCUCUCUAUGACAUCUGCUUCAGAACCUUGAAACUCACCACCCCAACAUACGGAGAUUUGAACCAUCUAGUCUCUCUGACAAUGUCUGGAGUCACCACCUGUCUUAGGUUCCCUGGUCAAUUGAACGCCGAUUUGCGUAAGUUGGCCGUCAACAUGGUACCUUUCCCACGUCUGCACUUCUUCAUGCCCGGUUUCGCUCCACUUACAUCCCGCGGAAGUCAACAAUACAGAGCUUUAACAGUACCAGAACUUACCCAGCAAAUGUUCGACGCCAAGAACAUGAUGGCCGCCUGUGAUCCCAGACACGGCCGUUACUUGACCGUCGCCGCCGUCUUCAGAGGCAGGAUGUCGAUGAAGGAAGUGGAUGAACAAAUGCUCAACAUCCAAAACAAGAACAGCAGCUACUUCGUCGAAUGGAUUCCCAACAACGUUAAGACUGCCGUCUGUGACAUACCACCAAGAGGGUUGAAAAUGUCCGCCACCUUCAUCGGUAACUCCACCGCCAUCCAGGAAUUGUUUAAGAGAAUCUCCGAACAAUUCACUGCUAUGUUCAGGCGUAAGGCUUUCUUGCAUUGGUACACCGGAGAAGGUAUGGACGAAAUGGAAUUCACUGAAGCUGAAUCCAACAUGAACGAUUUGGUAUCUGAAUACCAACAGUACCAAGAAGCCACCGCCGACGAAGAUGCCGAGUUCGAUGAAGAACAAGAAGCCGAAGUUGACGAAAACUAAUUUUAAAGACAGAGAUCUGAAAUCGCUUAAAAGAUGUUUUUAUUAUUUUGUAUUACUACGCAGUUUUUUGUACAGUCUUUACAUUCCGAUUUGUAAAUUCGAAUACAUUACUUAACUUAUUCAAGACUGACUUUUUGUUGCUAUCCAGUGUUUUUGAUCAUUUCUAUUAACGUGUUUUUGCAUAUUUUGUUUUUAAGGAAAUAGGCAUUAAAACCUGCUGCCAUUCAUUAUUUACAAAUAGCAUUUUAUUCGCC